AUGCAUCUUCAUCCUCGAGUCGUGAAAAGCGCUCUUCUGGCUGCAUCCACCUCGUUGAAUGUUCCAGUGUCACCGGAGGCCCCGGACAGCGCUGUCCAAGCUCAUUCUAAUUUUGUCGGCUUCGGGUUUGAGACGGCGUUUAUCAAUGAUUAUGCGAAUAAAUUCACUCACAAUCUGCUCGGAUCUAUUGCUGAGCGAGUGGGCACAACACCAACAAUUCGCAUUGGUGGGACCAGCGGUGACCGCGUACUCUUUGAUCCAAGCCAGGAUGAGGUGAAGGUCUGCAUUGCCGGCGAUUGCCCGAUUGGCUCCUCGGCAACGUACAUCCUAGGGCCCAGCUAUUUCGAUGGCUUUUUGAACUUUCAAGACUUUGACAUGACUUUCCAAGCUCCACUGGGUCCUACGCUCAACAUCUCAAAUACUCUUACAUACGUGUCUCGGGCAUACAAGAAUGUCGGCAAAGACCGUUUGGCGGCGAUCGCCAUUGGAAACGAGCCUAAUCUUUAUCCUUCACAAUACGGCGUUACAUAUACAGCUGAUCAAUAUGUCAAUGAUUCGAAGACAGUCAUGAGCGAUGUUUCGAGCUCUCUGGGAUUGACUCCGUCACGGAUAUUCGAGGUGCUUGAGUUUGCAAUAGGAAGUCCGGUCUUUAACCUCAUCGAUGCAUUCGAGGAUAAUAUCGAUAGCUCCGACAACGUCAAAGUCGCGGCCUGGCACUACUAUCAGCUCGGGACUGACUAUACGACAGUGGCGCAACAGCAGACCCAUCUUAUGAACCACACCGCUAUCACCUCAUUGUUCAGUUCUUUCGCCUCUCAAAUCGCAUAUCUACAAGCCAACGAUCCUGAUGUCCAGUUUGUGUUGAGUGAAACCGGUUCUGGAACCUCGAGCGCUAUUCAAAUCCAGGCUGGAUUCGGAGCGGCCCUAUGGUGCAUCGACUUCCAGUUAUACAGCUUGACGCAGGGUGUCUCUCGAGUUGAUGCCACGCACCGUCCUGCAGCUCUACACAGUUACUGGGUGCCAGACGACUCUGCCGGAGACACAAACCCCGGGCCCCAGGUGCGCGGCGUCUGGUACGCGCUGCCAUUCAUUGCGGAUUUCAUUGGACAAGACCCAGGCAAGGUUGCAGAGGUGGAUCUGGGGUCUGAUGUGCUCACAGCAUAUGCGAUAUACGACGCAUCUACCAAUCGUUUGUCCAAAGUCGCGCUGAUCAACCUCCGCGCAUGGGUGGAAGGAGAAAUCACGAGUGCUAGAGGGUCAGAAAAUGUCACAAUUUCAAUCAGCUCUGGAAAUUCUACCUACAAGGUGCAGCGCCUUGUGUCUGCUGCUGGUGCCCAGGCGAUGGGAUUCGAUUAUGGCGGUCCAACCGAGAACAUCACCUGGGCCGGUGAGCAAUGGAGCUACUCGAUCGAUCAAGGUAAAGGACACCUAGUGACUGGUGUCCCGACAGAGGAGACUCAUAUUGUUACCGAUGGCGAGGUGAAAAUUGAAGUAUCGGAUAGCGAGGCCGUUCUUGUUACAUUCUACGGAUUGUAA